AUGGAUCCAGUUGAUAUCAUUCAAAAGCGCGAAGACGAAAACGGCAUUCGUCUUUCGUUUAACUUAUGGCCAACCAACAGAAUUGAUGCUGUCUCGGCCAGCUGCCCAAUUGGCGCUCUUUACACUCCACUUAAGAAAUUGACACCAAUCGGCAAAAUCCAGAGAACACCACUCGAAUACGAGCCAGUCCUCUGUCCAAACUGCCGUGGUGCAUUAAACUGCUACGCACAAAUCGAUUUUAAUUCUAAGACAUGGGUUUGCCCACUUUGCAAGACAAGAUGCCCACUUCCAAGCCAAUACUCUAAUAUCACAAAAGAGCUUCUUCCAUUAGAACUCCAUUCUGAAGUCAAUACUGUUGAAUAUCUUGUUAAUCAAGGAACUGUCAAACCACCAAUCUUUGUUUUUGUUGUUGAUAUCUGCAGUAACGAGAAGGAACUUGAGAAUCUUAAGUCAGUUCUUCUCCAAGCCAUUGCCAUUUUGCCAGAAAAUUCUUUGGUCGGAUUCAUUACAUUUGGAUCCUCUGUUAAGAUCCAUGAGCUUGUUGAGAUCCCAUACCCACGUUCCUACAUCUUUUCUGGCAAUAAGACUUACAACGCUCAAGAAUUAGCCACAAUGCUUGGUAUCCAACGCCUCGCCAACGGUGAAGUCCAAACAACAAUCAUCGUUCCAGCCAAGCAGGCCGAAGACAUGCUCAACAACUUAGUUGAUCGCCUUGAAGUCGACAAACUUCCAAUUCCAAAGGACGAACGUAUGCAGCGUUGCACAGGUGCAGCUCUUUCAAUUGCUGUUACAUUACUCGAAGCCGUUUGCCCAUUAAUUGGCGGCCAAAUUUUCUUGUUCACAUCCGGCCCAAUUACAAAAGGUCCCGGAACAAUGGCCACUCUCAAGCGUGGAGAACCAGUCAGACAGCACAGUGAUAUCGAGAAAGGAAAGGCAGACCUUACACGCGCUUCUCAACAAUUCUUCUCCGAAAUCGGUAAGAACGCAAGUACAAAGAAUAUCGUCAUCAACUACCUCUCAGCUUGCUUCGAAGAAGCCGGCUUGUACGAGCUCGAACCAGCCAUUCUUAUCACUGGUGGUUGGCUUAUCUCAGCUGAGUCAUGGGGUGAUGUCAACAUUUCACAGUCCAUUGUCAAGUACUUCACAAGCAUCUUAGAGAACGCCGGCGCCGAAGUCCAAACACAGAUCAUUUGCUCGAAUAACUUUAAGAUUUCCGGCUGCAUUGGUCCAUGCUCUCCAAAGGAGACACCAGGACCAGCAGUAUCCGAAAAGCAGAUCGGUAUUGGCGGCACAACAUCCUGGAGUCUUGGCGGCGCAUUACCUUCAACAACAUUAGCAUUUUACUUCGAUAUUACAGCUUCUAAGGCCGAUCCAGUUCCAGUUGGCACUACAGCAUUCAUCCAAUUCGUCACUACAUACAGAAAUGUCCUUUCCGGACAAUACGUUCGCCGUGUUACUACAACAGCCGUUAAUUUCGGAGACAUGAACGACAGAAGUUCAUUCGCAAGGUCAUUUGACCAGGAAUGCGGCACAAUUUUGUUGGCAAAGCUUGCCAUGUGGAAAUGCCGCACCGAGGACAAUCUCGACGUCAUCCACUUCAUCGAUAAGACACUUAUCAGGUUCUGCAGAUGGUUCGGUACAUACAAUCAAGGCGAUCCUUCAUCAUUCACUUUCGGAGAGUCAUUCACCUUCUUCCCACAGUUCUUAUACCACUUAAGACGUUCUCCAUUCAUGAGCACAUUCAACUCUUCUCCAGAUCUUACAGCGUCAUUAAGACAUUCCCUUCUCAUGGAGGACACAACUAACUCGCUCUUCAUGAUUCAGCCGACACUUAUGCAGUACACUGCAGAUUUCCAGCAGUCUCCUGUUUUCUUGGACAUGAAUUCGCUCAAGAAGGAUACAAUUUUACUUCUCGAUACUUUCUUCAGAGUUCUCGUCUGGUAUGGUGAAAAUGUUGCUUCCUGGAGAAACCAGGGUCUCGAUAAAAAUCCAGAUUACGAAAAUGUUAAAUGGAUGCUCGAAACUCCACUCCAAGAGGCCAAGGCACUCAUUUCUGAGAGAUUCCCAACACCACUCUUGAUCACAUGCGACCAGGAUUCAUCUCUUUCAAGAUAUUUGCUCGCAAGAUGCAAUCCAUCCGAAAAUAACUACAACGGACUCGGCGGCUCUACAAAUUCACUUUCUACUGAGGAACCUUCACUUUCUAAGUUCCUCCAGAAGUUGAAGGAUGUCGCUGUAAACGACUAA